UAACCGUUCAAGUCACUUUCAAGCGCACGGAGGAUGGCGACACCAAGUCGCGAGAAAGCGGCGCGCAACAUUAUCAAACAGCGCAACAACAACACACUCAAAGCCAACAAUCGCGACGCACUCAUAAAGCAGAGAGAAUGUGGUUGGAACGACCACUUUUUGACCCCGAUCGAUCGCAGCAGCACGCAGGUGCACGAGGUUUCAUCAAAAGUUCAUGACGCAGCGGCUCGCUCUGGAGAUUUACUCGGGCGUGGGCAUCGAUGCAAUCCUCGAGGGGGGCAUGCGAAUAACAAAGUCAAGAACCAACGGCCACGAAAAACACCACCUAACGGAAAGUUAGAGCCUAUUCGACCACCGCAACCAGAGCGCGAGGUUGAACGCGAGGACUCCCAUCUUCGACGGCGAGCAGUAGCAUCGAUCGAAUACCGUGAGGAGAUUAUCAAGCAAUUGUGUGAUUUCAUUGCAUGCAUACCAAUCAAGGCCCAGAACCAGCCCAAGGGCCACGGAGCAAAGCCCGUCCACAGCUUACCUUCGAAUUUGAAGCCCAAAGAUAUCACGAACAUCAUCAAACAAAUCUCGACAGAACUCCAAGUCGCAGGUAUUCGAUGUGUCGAAGCCAUUGUCGCCUGGAUGCUGCAUCAUGGGAAAGCAUCCGACACCCCCCCGGUCUUCGACUGGAAGGGUGACAACUAUUUCGUGCACAUGUACUCGGACUUGGACUUUCUUGUCGACGAACUCAAAGCCCGUGGCGUCCCUGCGCCCCCGGAAUUUACGAAGUCCAACCCGCUAUUGAUGAAUUCGAAUCAACGAUUGGGGCGAGUGUGUGCCGCCCAAUCCAUCAUUCUCGAGAUGGUGGAAAUGACCAAGGUGAAUCGUCCGAUUUCGACAAACCGAAGUAAAGCAUCGAGAUCAGUCCGCGAAGAGUCGCCUCGGGUUCCAUCCGUACCCAACAAGAAGGCAUUGGGCGAAGGCGGCGAGUUUGACAGCUUUAGUACGAAAGAUCAAUUUGGCGAGGAGGAAGCUCCACACACGCCGCCUGCACGAAAUGUCGGCGGAGAGAGCGCGUUGGACCUCGUUCAUCACUCGAAGUCCAUCUCCCGAAUGUAUUGUGGCGACGAAGAAAUGCGUGAAGGUUAUAUCAACUCUGUUUCUCUAUCUACCGAAGAGAUCCAUCGUGUACGAGCGGUAAAAAAUGACACCCUUGAAGCCGAUCAAGCACCUGCAGAUGGCAAAAUCAACUCCAACUUUGCGCUGGAUGCACCCUACCACGAAGCGAGAGCACACGAUUUAAACCUUCAGCCCGACUCGUCCUACCAAGACGACACGAGCAACGACUUUCAGGAGUAUACUGGGAAUCCAACGAGUCAAGACAUAAUACUUGUGCAAGGUGGUGUCGAAGAAAUCCUGAACGAAAUCGACCAAAACGACAUCGACCACAGUGAAAACGAUCAACGCCACGGGGCUAUGGGCAAUCCACCUGCAAGGGCAAGUUCAUUUGAACCAUGGGACGCACGGAGAGAUGAAAAUUCCGUAUCUGAGCUCCAUGUCGUGACGUGGCAAGACGAAUUGGCAAAAGCACAAGUCCCUGCCACCAACAUUGCUGCGUUGUGUUCGUGUUUGGACCCAGAUUGUUGGAAUAUGGUGUCCGUGCUUCAAGCGUUGCGCACCAUCCGUUCGUGCUUUGCGACAAAUGCGAUCGGAAUCAUUUGCCAAGUCGAAGUGAACUUGCGAAUUGUCUCGAACAGCGUCGUUGAGUGUGUGGACGCAGCGAUCGGCCCUGUUUUGACUUCGUUGCGUCGUUUUGUGGACAAUCAACCCAAUGCCGCAGCAGAAAUCGACAUCGACGACAUCUUGGACGCGCUACAAUCUGCCGUGUCACACCCAGCACCGAACGAGCUCAUCGCUGUUGCACUCGAAGUCGGGCAAUAUCUUUGCGCGACGACACCAACAAUGUUUGCGCGGGUAUUGUCGCCAAAGGCAUGCGAAAUGUUCCAUUUCUUGUACCCAUUUAUCAUGACUGCCCCGCGCAAAUCAAUAUCAAAUUCUUGCCGCCAAGUCGUCGACUCUGUGGCAUCCAUUGCGAAUUUCGAGACGCAUCCGUUCUUCCUCGAUUACAUUGGAAAGGGGAUGGUUCUCCUGGCCAGCGCCGCUUCCAAUCCUGCUACGAACACCAGCAAUUUGGCCAAAUUGUCCAUCGUGUGUGAUCGAGCUGACCCAGUGACCAGCAGCAUGAAGCACGUUGACUAUGCGAAUGGUUGGUCCGGCCUGUUUGAAUUGUACCCAUUCUUUUCGUGCGUGUAUGGCGAGAAAAUUGUCAACCAAACUCGAGUUGAGGCGGGGGAAGGGAGAGGACCCUUGAAAGAAUGGUUCAGCCUCCUCUCUCGCGACUUUUCCACCACGUGGACGCGAUCGAAUGCACCAGUCACCUCUGAUCUCAACCUGAAAAUUUGCAAUCGCACAGUCUCUGCUCCAAUGUUGGUCCAUGCGUGCGGAGUGGCACCGAGUCAUCGCUUGGACGUACAGCCGUCGGACGGAGGCCCACUCUCGUGUCGAGUGAUUCGGGUGCUGGACAACGAUUCCGUCCUUGUCGACCAAGUUCUCUCGACCACGGACAUGUUUGUCGACUGUGCCAACUACACGUGGUACACGCCCCACGUCCCGCUCUUGGUGUACAUCCAAGAGUCCGAGACCUACUUCUUGAACGAGAUGACCGAUCGUGCGAUGGUCAAGCAUCUCGAAUGCUACGGCUGGCUCCUCGCCAUGGCGAUAUACCAUCAAACAACGCUCGAAUGCAGGGUCAAUGUUGUGUUGUUUGAGCUAUUGCUUGGUGCAGACCUAACGAUCGACAAGAUCGAGAUGCUGGACAAGUCAUUGUACAAUUCUUGGAUGCAGCUGAGCGUCCUCGACAACUUCCAGUCGUUUCUCGAGGUCGAAGAACUGCCACCGACCAUGACUCCAACCGAGUACAUCGCCCACGCCCUCAAAGAAAAAUCGACCAAACUUAUGUGGCAAGUGGACGCGAUCAAGUGUGGCUUGGCUCGACUCAUUCCUGUCUCUGCAUUACACAAAUGCAUGAUGUCGCCUCAAGACUUUCAACGGCUUGUGUAUGGCGAUCCACCGGCAGAGAGCCUCAGCCUGCGUUCGACUUUUGUUGUGUCCAUGGAUAAAGAGCUCGAAGACAACAAGUGCUUCCACGAUGCGUUCUGGGAAGUCAUUGACGGCAUGGCUUCAACCGAUCAACGCAAGUUUGUCAAGUUUGUCACGGGAAUCGACAAACUACCUAGCCCAGGCACCGAGUUUCUGCGCAUCGAAGUCCCGUUCACAGCAAUUGGCAACUCGGAGCGCCAGAAGCAACUCCUCCUACUUCCGCAAUCUCACACGUGCGACAACAUUUUGGAAUUGCCAAAUUAUUGGGCUGCGCUGCGAGCAGCUCGCAAUGGGACCGAUCCACCAUACGAAGAGCUCGUGGCGCUACUCCGUCAAAAGUUGCUCUAUGCCAUCGAAAAUGGAAGCGACUAUGGACUUGACGCCACUGGAUCCUUUGGUGACCUUGGCCGAGCGAUGCCUGAAUCAAACGAGACCCGCGAAGCAUCCACUGAUUCGUUACAAUUGCCAUCGCUUCUGGAUGACGCACCAGAAAUUCCCGAAUUGUCAGCUGGGCUAACGACAACCGAGGACAACAUCGAAGGUCCGGCAGAUAUGCCCGUAAAAUUGCCAACCAACGCGACGACCAUCGAGUUCGAUGCCAAAGCCCCUUCGUUUCACGAUGCUAGCAUGUUGGCAAAAGUGGCACUGUCGACGACGGACGAUAUCCCUGCGACCGAACAGCACGACGAUGAUGAGUAUAGUUUCGACGACUUUGAAGAGCCAGCCUAAAGCAUUGAAUGGACCGCUUCGUGCGCUUCCCUGUCGUUGUUCGAUCAGGACAACGUCUGCUGUAGGAAAUCCAGCCAUUGCAAG